AUGUCCGCAAACGGAAACCAAACAGUCGCCGUUAUUGGCCUCGGCGCCAUCGGAUUGGUCACGAUGAAAAACUUGGCCGAGGAGGGUUUCGAAGUGACGGGGUUUGACCGCAAUUCAUACCUUGGUGGUCUGUGGAAUUACGACGAGGGAGUCAAGAUUUCAGUGUUGGAGACCACUCGAUCCAACGGAUCAAAGUUCCGUGGUUGCUUUACGGACUUUCCCUAUCCGGACACCGCCGAAGUCUUUCCUCCCGCUCGCGAGGUAGCGCAGUAUCUAUCUGCAUAUGCAGAGCACUUCAACUUGGCCCCGAUGGCACGGCUAAAUACGUCCGUUCAUGGCGCCGCAUUCGACGAGGUGUCACGCAAGUGGCGUAUUCAGGUCUCCGAAAAGGACGGUCAGCGCACCGAGGAGGUCUUUGACAAAGUUGUCUUCUGCAUGGGCGCUGAUCAGAUCCCGAACAUACCCAAGAUUGAGGGCAUCGAGAAAUUCAAGGGUGACAUGACGCAUUCGAUUGGGUUCAAAAAGCCCAACCAAUAUGAUGGCAGACGUGUUCUCGUGGUCGGUUUUGGUAACACUGCCGUCGACAUUGCCACGGAGCUAUCCAAAAAUGCACGCAAAGUCUAUCUAUCUCACCGCCACGGAUCCAUCAUUCUUCCCCGAUGGGUGAAUGGAAAGCCAGUGGACCACGUCCGAACCUACCGCAAGUACCAGAUGCUCAACUUUUUGGCACGAUGGACACCCAGUCUAUGGGAAAACAUCAUGGACAGCUUCAUCAAAAACCUGAUGAACAAAUUGUACGAUCUCAAACCAGAGUGGCGUUUUGAGCCGGCACCAUCGGUCCUAGCGUCACGUCCCAUCGUCAACGACGAGCUGAUCAACUGCCUGACCGACGGUACUGUUAUCUCGAUCAACGGACUGUCCAAGAUCAUCGACGACUACACGGUUGAGCUUGAAGAUGGUACACAACUAAAGGUUGACUCAAUUAUCUUUGCCACUGGCUACACACUAAACUACUCGAUCGUUGGCGAUAGCGACCCGACGCGUAACUCAACACGCCAAUGGACGGCCCUGCCCGGCUCUAACAAUCGGCAGCUGCCACGAUUGUACCAGAACAUCUUCUCGGUCGAGCACCCGGAAUCGCUGGCAUUUAUGGGCUCGCUCUCGUUUAUGAACCCAGCCUUUCUGAUGUUCGACCUCGCGUCGAUGGCGCUGACGCAGCUGUGGAAAGGCAAUUCGCAGUUCCCACCACGCGCCGAGAUGGAAGAGGCAGUCGACCGUCAUCACGAGUGGAUGUGUGGGCUAGCCGCCAAGGGAUCUGUGUCGCCUGGUGCUGUCAAGGGCGUCGACUUUUCGGAAUGGGUUGACGAGGUGGCCGGGAUCGGCCUGCGCGAGAAGCUCGGUUACGGUUUGCAGGGAUGGUGGUUCUGGCUGAAGGACCGUGAGUUCUGCAACGUGCUCAUGGAUGGUCUCCUCAGUCCGCAUGUUUACCGCGUCUUCCCGGGUAAGCGACAACACUGGGAAGGAGCUCGUGACGAACUCCUCAAGAUCAGCAAGGAACUGAAGGCCAAAAACUGGGAGCCUUGA